UCUCAGAAACAAAAUGUCCAAACGGCAUGAAAUUUAAUAGCAUACUACUUGGAUGCUGCAGCUUUCAUUUGAUGCUGAGAGAACUCAAAUCGAUUGACACACGGCUGAUUCAUUUAUUAUGAAGCAUUUUGUCAAAGACCUCUUAAAAAGUUAAGUUGUAUUACUCCAAAGUACUCCCCGAAAGAUAUCUCGGUUACAAAAUGUCCAAUCGGAAUGAAAUUCAAAAGCGUUCUUCUAGGGUGCAGUAGCUUUCGUUUCGAGCCUUAAGAACCCGAUUCGGUUGAUAGACGGCUGAGAAAUUUAUGGUGAUACACUUUGUCAAAAAUAUCUAAAAUAAUUAAGUUGUACUACUCCCUAGCACUCUUUGAAAGAUAUCUCGGUAACCGAACGUCCAAUCAAAAAAAAAAAUUCAAUAGCGUUCUACUGGGAUGUAGUAGCUUUCGUUUGGGGCCUUAAGAACCUAAAUCGGUUGAUAGACGGCUGAGAAAUUUAUGGUGAUACACUUUGUCAAAAAUAUCUAAAAUAAUUAAGUUGUACUACUCCCUAGCACUCUUUGAAAGAUAUCUCGGUAACCGAACGUCCAAUCAAAAUAAAAUUCAAUAGCGUUCUACUAGGAUGUAGUAGCUUUCAUUUGCUUCCAAGAGAACUCAAAUCGGUCAACAGACGGCUGAGAACCGUGAGUGACAUUUUUUUGUAACAUACAUACACACACACACACACACACACACAUACACACACACGCACAUACAGACAUUUGCUCAAUUCGUCGAGCUGAGUUGAUUGGUAUAUGUGACUCGGCCCUGCGGGCCUCGGAUCAAAAGUCGGUUUUCCAAGCGGUAUUUAUACCCUUCUUAUGGGUGUAAGAAGGGUAAAAACGAAAAUAUUUUGAAAGCCCAAGAUGAAAUAUUCUAAACCGGACAGGGGCUGAAAGUCUCUUCAAUGAAGACAAAUCAAUCAAUUAAACCGGACAGAUUCCGAAACUAGGUCCAAACCAACAAAACCUACGGUCCUGAAUAAGAAUAUUUGGGGCAAAAACAUUCACAUAUCAUAAUAAACCCCUUGGACCUAGCUUGGACAUAGGUGUGGCGUGUGGUGCUGGUGCGGGUGAAAUAAUGUUUAAUGCAGUAAUCAAAGUAGUCACAGACUUUUCUUAAUCUGUCAGUGACCUUGAUAAAACCUAACCUAACGUAAAACAUUGACGUGAACAAAAUGCUUCCUUGUCAAGAAAAUCCCAACGCAGAGAACAAUUACACCUUCACUGUGUGGAAAUUAUGCGAGCACAUCCGACAUGUCCUGAAUUCAUAUCAAGCGUUCCAAUUGAGGAAGUCAUUUCAGGCGUUCGACAUAUGCAACACUGGUAGAAUUUCGGGCUGCCGGUUCGCUAGCAUUCUAAGUUGUGCGUUAGAAGGAUGCUUCAGUGAUAACGACAUUUGUCGUUUGGCGGAUUAUUUCAAGACCGACGAUGCAUCCGGUGUAGCAUACGAACAUUUCUUGGAUGUAGUCACGGGCGAGAAUGAGAUGAUCUCCACGGCAAGGUCAAAGCAGAGUCUCUCAAGUCACGAGCACCGUCGAUUAUCGCUGCUGUUAAUGGGAAUUGCUAAAUCGUUGCGGUUCCGUGAACAGGUUCUGAGACCUUACUUUGAAGAUUACGACCUGAUUGCUCGAAACGGCGGUUCGGUAACAAUUGGCUACUUGAAACGGGUAUUGUACUACUUGGGAAUAACUUUACGGCGAACCGAGUUUGACCUACUUGUUAAACGUUUUAUGGUCGACAAUUACAAACUGAACUACGAAGCUUUUGCCGAAGAGAUUGACCAGCUAUUGAGUUAUUUGGAUACGCUAGGACCGAUUGAUCGACAGUGUGAUACGGAGGUUCCACCAAAAAUAAUAACCGUGGAACUACCCAAAAUACAAAGACCGGAAGUCGGUAACUCACGAUUGGAGGAAAUAUUGCAGAAGAAUACAGCGUAUCAUCCUUGCUUAAAACCUUCCCAACCGGAGAGAGCUUUCGAAACAUUGAUGCUACGUAUUCAGCGUUAUGUUUGGGAAAAUCGAAUCCGAAUAAGGGAGUUCUUUGAACAGUACGAUCUGCAUUCCUGUGGGUGGAUAAGCCGAAGUCAAUUCAUUCGAUCGAUGGAUGCUGUCGGGAUCUCAGGUCUUCAUAGACUUUUGUUAACGGAUAGCGAAGUCCGAACCAUUUGUGAUCGCUAUCAUGAUACCAACAAUGUCAAUCAUAUACGCUGGAUUUGUUUCGUUGACGAUGUCGAUAAAGUGUUUACCGUCAAAAAUUUAGAUAAAGGUCCGUAUCAAGAAGUCGAAUGUCCUCCAAAAGAAGUAGCAAAUUUACAACAAGAUGGCAGAAACGAUACUGAGCAUCAAGAGCUUGCAGAUGAUGUUGUUAAGUGCAUUCGUAAUUUGGUAGAAAAUAGGCGGAUCUUGAUCAGACCUGCUUUUAGCGAUUUUGACACACAUCGAAAUGGGCACGUUUCUCGCAGUCAAAUGGGCGAAGCACUAUCUUUAGCGGGUAUAUUUAUAACCGAAGAACAGUGCUACGCUGUGGAGCAACGUUAUUGCGACGACCUGGGGUUCAAUUACGUAAAGUUCCUGCAAGAUGUUGAUCCUAUGCCGAAGACUACUUCAGCAUACGAAAGCAUGCAAGCUCGUGUUGCAGAUCUCAAUGCACAGAAAUCUCCACCAUCUAAUGAUUUUGAAGAGGACAUCGUACGAGUGUUGGCCAAGGUUAAGGGACAAGUAGUUCGGCAAAAGCUACGUAUUAUUGAUAAAAUGCAAGGAUUCGAUCCUCUAAAUAAUUUCCGAAUCACAAAGGAUCAAUUCGAGCGGGGUCUAUCGACGGCAAACAUCAACCUUACGCCAGUUGAAGUCCGCACUUUGGCUAACAUGUUCAAAACGCCGAUGCAGGAUACCGUCGAUUACAAAUGCUUCUGCGACUCGGUAGCCGAAAUUGACUACCAGUGCAGAUUGGAGAAGGCACCCCUCUUAGUACCGUUGCAGCAUUUCCCUUCCGAAGAUGGCCGCCACAAUCAUUUGAACUACGAGGAACGUACGAUAGCAUCGCGAGCACUUCAAAAAUUGGUCCGAUACGCUGACGUGGUUUCCAACUUAAGUUCGCUGUUCCAGGACUUUGACCGUAACCGGAUAGGCCUGGUCAAUCGUAAUCAAUUGAUUCGCGCAUUGGCCACACGUGACCUGCACACCGCUAUCUCGAGUCGGGAGUUUGAAGUACUCUGUAAAUGUUUCGGCGUUGAGAAAGGUUACAGACAAGAAGUUAACUAUCGAGCGCUGCUGAUGGCACUGGAUUAUCUGUAUACCAACAAAGAAAAUCACCCCUUUUGAAGUGCCUGAAUGGCAAGAUAAAUUUAUUUACAUUCUGACCAUGCGAUACCCAUUUGGUUUCUGUUAUAAAUUAUUACAACGUGCAGUAAAAUCAACCAGUGUAAUAUCUAACUGCCGAGCGAGGCAUUCAAUCCUAUUUUAAAAUAAACUAUAUUUGAAAAUAUAAUGUUCAAAAUUAUUCUUAUCUGCUUAAGUCUUACCGGACUUCUUCAUGCUAAAGAAGAAAAUUGUGAAAUACAACAAUGCCCCAACUAUGGAGAAACGGAGACGGAACACGUGCUAACACUACUGCCGGUACCAUGGAAUUGUAGUGAAUACAUCAUGUGUGAUAGGGGUGUGCAACAUAUAAGACCCUGCUCACCGGGACUACAUUUUAUUCCCACGUUGCAAGUCUGCGAAUUUCCAGAUCGCGCAACGUGUGUUGAAACAUGUCCCACUACUCCUGGUGCAUGAGGAUUUUUGUGAAAUAUGGUUAUUGAGGUCGUCGGAGUUGGAGCAAAUCGUUCAUGAACAAUUAAAUCGUUAAAUAUACCUUUCCUUAUAAAGAAAUAUUAAAACAAUAAAGCCAUAAUAUGGAGUGGUAAGAUUUUCAA